CCGCAACCCCUCAGCAGAUGCACACCCUUGACAACCAUCAUGCCGGCACUAGUAUCACUGUAGUCAUGCAUCUCGGCCUGGCUAAUGCAGCAAGACAGUGCGCGAACCCAGACGCGUUCUCGUACCGAUCGCAGCGCCUGCGAAAAACGGCCUAAUCUAUGCCGUAUGCCAUGCACCAACCGGCGUGCGAGGAGGUGUACAGCGUGAUGUGUGAAGACAUCCGAGGCGCGGUUAAACACUCCAGAGAUGUUGGCUCGCCCCGACAUAGUGGUCAGGCUGCCUGGCUACCUUCUUUAUGUUGAUGGUGAAGCAUCUCCAAACCACUAUUCAUUGAUUCCAAGGCUGCAUCUCAGCACACUCUUCACAUUGCGUCCUUUUUACUUUUCGACUUCUCUCUGUGAUCACACACCUGUAACUCCUUCUCAGUACUACCCAUCAGUCUGAGCAAUCGCGACGAUGGGGGGCUCGGAGAUGCCAAACGGACUGAACGUCAAUGGCUAUGGUCACAACUACGACUACCCACCGUCGCACGUUGAUGGACCCUACAGAAUUCUCGAUCAGUACCAUUCCAAGCCAGCCAAGCUGCGAGUGGCAUGUGUUGGAGCGGGUGCAUCAGGGCUCUGUCUAGCCUACAAGAUGGAGAAGAUGCUGGAGCCUGGAUCAUGGGAGUUGACGCUGUUCGAGAAGAACGCUCAGUUUGGCGGAACUUGGUACGAGAAUACCUAUCCCGGCGUCGCAUGCGACAUUCCAUCGCAUGACUACAACUUCACCUGGGACCCGAAACCCGACUGGUCGACUUUCUUCGCAUCAGGGAAGGAAAUUCAGGGGUAUUUCGAGAACUUUGCCGAGAGACAUGGAAGUAAGAAGUACAUGCAGCUGAACAGCAGGAUCGAGCAAGCCAACUGGAACGACGAGGAUGGCUGCUACAGUCUUACCAUUAGGAAUCCCAAGACGGGCUCGAUGAGGAAAGAUUGGGCGCACGUAUUGGUGAACGGUUCAGGUAUUCUCAACAACUGGAAAUGGCCAGACAUUGAGGGUCUUCACGACUUCAAGGGUCCAGUCCUCCACUCCGCCUGCUGGGAUCACAGCGUCGACUUCACAAACAUCAAUGCUGCCGUCAUCGGUGUUGGUUCGACCAGCGUCCAAAUCGUACCAUCACUUCAGAAAGUCGUCAAGGGGCUGGAGGUAUACAUGCGGAGUCCGACAUGGAUAUCGCCUCCUUUCGGCGCCGGCGCACUGAACGACGACCUGCAGAAGGGACAAGACGUAGACCCUGGACAACGGCAGUACACUUUCACCGAAGCCGACAUCCAGAAAUUCAAGGAAGACCCAGAGUAUCACUUGGAGUUCCGCAAGAAGAUCGAAGCAGAGAUCAACAGCUUGUUUGGAAUGUACCAGCAGAACUCAGAACUCCAGAACCAGUUCAAGGAUGUUAUCACCAAAGAGAUGCACCGCCGCAUGGGACCUGGUCAUGAGAAGCUGAAAGAGUUCAUAAUCCCAAAGUGGUCCGUUGGCUGCCGGCGCAUCUCGCCUGGUGACGGCUUUCUCGAGGCUUUAGUGCAAGAUAACGUGACUCCAGUCUUCGACGGCAUCGAACGAGUAGUUCCGGAAGGUAUCAAGACCAAGGACGGCAAGAUCCACAAACUCGACGCCAUUGUCUGCGCUACCGGCUUCCAAGUCGCAUUCCAGCCCGCCUUCACGGUUCGCAACGGCUCCAACGUAUCCAUCAAAGAAGACUGGACCACCGGUCCUAACCUCUACAUGGGUGUAUCCGCUCCUCGAUUCCCGAACUUCUACACUAUAGUUGGACCCGGCGCGACGUGGAGUAACGGUACGCUCUUACCGUCGAUUGAGACAACCGUAGAGUAUAGCAUCAAGUGCAUGAAGAAGAUGCAGAGCGAAGGCAUCAAGGCUAUGAGCGUAAAGCAGGACGCCCUCGAUGAAAUCUACGCGCAUUUUGAUGAGUUCCACAAGACGACAGUAUGGCAAGAGGAGUGCCGGAGUUGGUUCAAGAACGGGCAGAUCAAGAAUAGGAUCUAUCUCUGGCCUGGUGCCACGAUACACUUCCUCAAAACCAUCAAGACACCGCGGUGGGAGGACUACGACUAUGUGUACAGAUAUAAGAACCGGUUUGCUUUCUUAGGCAAUGGCGAUGUGAAGGCGACGGCAAUGAAGGAUCUGCAUGGCUUGAGCCCCUAUAUUCGUAACUGGGACCACGAAUGGGACGUUGACUAAAGGCGGCUGAGCUGACGUCUGUCGAUGGAUCAGGCGUACCGUCGCUUAUUGGUACUGCAUCUGGGCCCGGAUUUCGGGUUGUUUUCUUUCCAUUGGCAUCCAAGCGUGCUGGGCGUUUCCCGUUAGGGCCCGUCAGGGUUCACAAUUUAGUUCUUUGACAAACUGCUACUCUUUGGUUCAAUUGCGUUGCGCAUAGCAUACGUGCCCAU